AUGCAAUGCCCACCAAUCCUGCCAUCUCUCCUCCUCCAUCCUCUCUCCUCGGUGCAUCCGUCCCUCUUCUGUCCACCUUUUGCUGCAUCUUCCUUCCUCUCUUACUCUGCUUCCAGCCCCUCCAAAUCUAUAUCUCUUCUCCCCCUUCCCCCCCUUUCCCCCUUCCCCCCCUUUCCCCUUUCCCCUCCCCCACCCACCCUCAGGCGCAAUCUCUCCUCCCUCACCUCCUGUGUCUCUGUCUCCCCCUCUGGCCGCCUCUCCCUCUCCCUCCGCCCCUCCUCCCUCCGCCCCCUCCUCCUCCUCGCCUCCCUCCUCUCCCUCCUCGUCUUCCGUUCCCACAUCCUCCCCAUCAUCUCUGCCCUCCUCUCUCUCCUCCUCUCCCUCCCCCUCCUCUUCUUCCGCCUCCUGGGCUUCCGCUGGGCGGAGGGGGAUCUCACCUGGGGGGAGUGGGGGUGGGGAGGCGGCGGGGGGAGGGGCAGGGGGAGGCGAGUGGUGCGGGACCGGUCGAUGGGGGGAAAGGAGGUGGUGGCGUCUGAGGGGUGGCGCAAGUGGUGGGAGGGGGUGGGCGGAGGGGGGGAGAGUGGGCGCGAGGGGGGGAAAGGGAUCGCAGGGAGAGAGGGUGGUGGUGGUGUGCGGAGGUGGAGGAGGGGAGGAGGGGCUAGGCAGAGAGGGGUGAGUCCACUGGAUAUACCAGCAGAGACAUCACGGUCUGAGAGAGAGCUGCGGGCCAUGGGGCUGCUGACAGGGGAGGAGGGGAGUGGUGGGCGCGCGGGGAGGCUGACUGGGCGGCAGGAGGAGCCGGCGUGGUGGAGGGAGGCGUGCAGUGGCGCAGCAGGGAUGGCUGCCUCCGCCUCGCCUGCUGUAGCACCUGAUAUUGCAGCAGUAUUAGCAUCAGGAGGAGCAGCAGAGGGGAGAGCAGCAGGGGGGGGAGCAUGGAGCGUGGCGAGGGAGGGCAGCGAGGAGGCGAAUCUCGUUGUGCAACGUGAGUGCAAGGGGCGGGGAAUGGCUCCCUGCCUGCUCCCUGCCUUCUCCCUGCCUGCUUCUUGUACCCUCCCUGCAACUCCCACCCCUGAUGCUCCAUUUUCUCGUCCGUGUUCCUGUCCGCUCAUCAGCAUGUUUGUCUCUGUCACAUUCCACUAUGCACUUCCCAAUCUCGUCGCAUUCCUCACCUCAUCCCACUCCUCGUCUCCCCCUUGCCAUUGCAACAAUCACACGACACCAUCAGGCAUGUUGAGUCAGCGGCUGUUGGGUCAAGACUUCAACGCCUCAGACAUUCUCCAGCUGUACACGGCGUAUCGGCGCAGUGGUGCCACAGUUUCCAUCGAUUCGGACAACAGCCGUGACGCUCUCUUUAGAGCCGCUAUCAACACCGCCUUCUCUGCCGCUGCUGGCGGACAUCCCACUCUUCCUCGCCUGCCUGCCAGCAGCCAUCCGUCUGCCCUCUCCCCGCCUUGCUGUUUCAGUCACCAUCUUAACACUGUUACUUUCUCCCUUUGUUCCAUCCUCUGCUCGUCUCCACCCUGCAGCACCCCCAUCCCGCUCCUCCCCCCAGCGGACAUUCCGCUCUUCCUCGCCUGCCUGGCAGCGGCCAUCCGUCUGCCCUCUCCCCGUGCGCUCACCAUGGUGCUCGCUGCUCUUGCAGCCCGCACCCGCUCCUCCUUCCUGCAGGCCUGGGCACUGGUGAAGCAGAAUCGGCGCAGUGAGGCAGAGGAGGAGCUGCAACGCCUUGCCAGCAUCGCCACCACCCUGCCCCCGCCGCCCAACUCGGUAUGCCCCUCUCAACCCAACUCGCUAUGGCUGCCCUCCCAACUCGCUAUGGCUGCCCUCCCAACUCGCUAUGGCUGCCCUCCCAACUCGCUAUGGCUGCAAUCCCAACUCGCUAUGGCUGCCCUCCCAACUCGCUAUGGCUGCCCUCCCAACUCGCUAUGGCUGCCCUCCCAACUCGCUAUGGCUGCCCUCCCAAAGCGAUGCCCUUUUUUUAACGCCCUGUUCCACCCAGCACCACCCCCAUGUUUCGUUUUCACUGUGCCACAUACUACACACUAUCUUAACUCAUGCCCGUCUCACCACGUACCCAACACACGCCACCAUUGCCGGUCAGCUCCGUGGCAGGCAGAAAUGGAGAUGGUGGCUGGGGGCCAACAGCAAUGCACUCACCACUGCCCGCUUUCACCCUCCCCUUCCACCUGCCCAAACACCCUCCCUCCUCCCCCCUUCUGUGCCCCCACAUCAACGCCCCGCCCAUGCCUCCCUCCAUGCACCAUGGGCCGGCAGGCGCAGAUGGAGAAGGUGUUGGGGGGACUAACAGCACCACACUCACCUCCCAAUCUUCUCUCAACCUCCCCUUCCUGUGACGAUGAUAACGCCACCACACCACGCUCAACUCCCAUUCACCCCUGUCUCACCCCAACCACCCACUCGUUCCUCGUCCCCUCCUCCCCCGUCCCUCUCGGCUCACCUGUGUGUGCACCAUGCAUGGCAGGUGGAGGUGGAGAUGGCCACCGCAGGGCUAACACCGUCACACCUACCUCCUGCUCCCGCCUCUGUGAUGUCCGCCGCCCCCCUCUCCUCCCCCCCCCCCCCCCCCCCCCCCCUCCCCCCCUCUCCGCCCCUUCCCUCCUGCCCAUGCCCCUGCAUGCAUUGGCAGCAGCAGGCGGAGAUGGAGAUGGCGGAGAUGGAGAUGGUGGCGGGGGGGCUAACACCGUCACGCUCAUCUCCUGCCCCCUCUGUCACGCUCAUCUCCUGCCCCCUCUGUCACGCUCAUCUCCUGCCCCCUCUGUCACGCUCAUCUCCUCCCCCCUCUGUCACGCUCAUCUCCUGCCCCCUCUGUCACGCUCAUCUCCUCCCCCCUCUGUCACACUCAUCUCCUCCCCCCUCUGUCACACUCAUCUCCUGCCCCCUCUGUCACGCUCAUCUCCUCCCCCCUCUGUCACACUCAUCUCCUGCUCCACCCUCUGUCACACGCCCCCCCUCCCCUGGCAGGCGGAGAUGGAGAUGGUGGCGGCGGGGCUCACACUGGCACACUCAUCAACUCCUCCCCCCUCUGUCACACUCAUCUCCUCCCCCCUCUGUCACGCUCAUCUCCUCCCCCCUCUGUCACGCUCAUCUCCUCCCCCCUCUGUCACGCUCAUCUCCUCCCCCCUCUGUCACACUCAUCUCCUCCUCCACCCUCUGUCACGCCCCCCCUCCCCGGCAGGCGGAGAUGGAGAUGGUGGCGGCGGGGCUGGCGCAGAGGAUAAGCCACGGGGAGAGGGAGGAGCUGCUGUGGGUCUACUGCAGGGCGGGCGGGAAGGACACCAGAGAUGCCAUGGCACGUGCCCUUGGCCUCUCGUGCAGAACCAGUCUUCCCUUCCCCCAGCCUCCUCCACCCUUUUCCUGGUUGCUGCCAGCUCAGUGGCGAGUGCUGUCACUUUCAUCUCCAUGGCAUCUUGCCUCUUGUGCCAUUCACCGUUCUGCCCUGAACCGGUCUUGACGACUUUACUUGCAAGCUCCCUGUGUGCGAGAUGGGAAUACACGGAGAACACCAGGGAAUGA